ACCGGAUAUAGAUACUAUAUCACUGAUUUGUAAGUACAAAAGUGUACUUAUAUUACACCGGAUAUAGAUACUAUAUCACUGAGUCGUAAGAACAGAUGCACCAGAUACACUUACUACAGCGGAUAUAGAUACGCCAGAUACUAUUAUACUGGGGCGUAAGUACAGGUAUUACACCGGAUAUAGAUACUAUAUCACUGAUUCGUAAGUACAGAUAUCACACCGGAUAUAGAUACUAUAUCACUAAGUCGUAAGGACAGAUGCACCAGAUACACUUACUACAGCGGAUAUAGAUACGCCAGAUACUAUUAUACUGGGGCAACGUAUGGAGGUAGAAUUGCCGGGGUCGUUAUCGGUUGUCUGAUCGUCGUCGGUGGUAUCAUUGCUGCUAUCGUCGCUGUGUGUUUGUUGUGUAGGAGGAGGAGGAUGAGGGGGACAGGUGGCCGACUCGUCACUCCCGUCGUAUUCUUUCCCAAUACUACUCCCGUAACCAGGACAGUGGUUCUACAGGGAAAUGCUACCACUCUGGGGACACAACCUCCCUUCACUGGCUACCCCAACCACCCGUCAGGUGUGACCUUAAACUCGGAGGUUGGUGCGCCCUACCCACAAGGAACCGACCAGAAGAGUGGGCCUAUGCCGCCAUCCUAUGACACGGUUGUUGGCGGACCCACUAGUUCCAUAACUUCCACUUCCGGUACUGUUGAUGGGAUCUCAUCCACGCCGGAUAUGAACAUCACUCAAAGAUUCUAAAGGCAUACCACUGACACCUUAUUGUUAUGUUUCUUCUGACCUCUAAAUGACAAAUGUAUCAGCAUCAUUACCUAGUUUACAUGGACACUGUACAUAUAUUUAGAAAAGCUGACUAACAAAUUUUAACAUUACUCGCAUGAUUUACAAUCACUCUCGAUUAUUGUAAGUAUGUCAUACAUCGUAUUUGUCUUUAAGAGUUAAAUAUUUAUACACGAUGAACCCUGGAGAAAUUAUCACGCAAAAUUUCUAACUACUUAAGUAAAACACGUCAUUAUACUUACAUUUUGUACAUCAUUAUUUACCUUGUCUUUCCGUCAUUGUCAAUAAAAUUCUUUGUCAAAUACGUUUUUCAUAUGCUGUUUUCUUUAAUAUCGUAGAACAGAAGAAAACAAAUGAAAAAUCAAAAAUCAUAUGAGCAAGUUUAACACACAAACAACGGUACAGAGAACAGCGAAUAUAUUUGAAAAGGAACUAAGGAUAUAGGUAAUACAUCCUUACAUGAACAUAACAAGUGAACACAACAAUCAUUUGGCAAUCAUUUGACACUCCAAACACCAUGAAUACAGUAUGAAAACAUCGUUUCUCGUGCUGGAUUCCCACACAUAAUAGCAGUUAAAUAUUAAUACGCCAAAAAAUGUAGUUCCCGUUUCAACUGGAAACUGCGAAAAAAAAACACGGUAAACGAUAGCAUGGUGCAUUGGCGGGAUCAUCGGCUAUUCCAUUAAUUUUGCAUAUUUUCGUAUGUAACUAUCAAAAGAAAAAAUCAUAAAUGACUGUUGUUUUAUUGUAUUUUAUUCCAAACUACACUAAUGUAUGUAUGAGUAGCAGUACAUGUAGAUAUCUAUACAUAUCUUCCGAAGAGCUCUAAUGCUAAGUUCAUAGCCGUAUUGAAAAUGAAAAAAUGUAAAACGGAUUCAAACACAACUUUCGAACUUAACUCUGUAUCCAUAGUUUCUCAUGUUUUGAUGCUGGAAUUCCUCCAUUCCUCCCGUACCUAUAAUGCUCGUUCCCGUACAUACACAAAAUGUACCAAAAUGUUUGGCUCUAGUAUUUACAUGUGGAUAAAGUACGGCGAGCGACAGGCCUAGGUUGAGGCCGUUAAGACAAUACAUGUGUAUUGGACGACUCGUAAGCCAGUCUACGAGGUUGCACGCACGACUGGUCGGACAAUGAAGUCCCACUAAUUAACCUGCCGAUUAUCUCGUGUUGUUCAGAUCGGUAAACACAUUAGGAAUUAUACACUAACAUGGCGCCUGUCAGGGUGACUUCCAUCUUCCUCUCAGUUUGUAUUGGUACAGUUGUGUCGGACUGUUCCUACCUCCACAAACAUUAUGACAACGAGACAGCUACAUACAGAGAAGACACACUAUACAAAACCUGUCUUCGGACUGAGGAAUGCUGUGGGAAUUAUACAGACCGGAAGUGCUGCUCCGUGUUAUCUCAAAAGAAGUCUGCAGAAACUGAAAGCUAUCAGCAUGCACCUGCGUUAUUACUGGCAGGGAUAACGUCGGCAUUGGUAGUUAUCGGGAUCAUCGCCAUCAUCUGCUGGCGUUUAGUCUGCAUCUCCGCCUACAAGGAAGCUUCCGUCCCGCAUGACACAGAUGAUAAUACCGUAGACAGCCCUCGUCAGCAGCGAAGACGGGCUACAAAUCGCGGACAUCACCACGGGUUACAUGGUCACAAUCACCGCGGACUCGGACACAAUCACCUAGGACACCAUCAGCAAGGACACGGACACCAUCACCGCGUGCACGUGGCAGAUGAGCACCUCACGGGUCCGCAUCCUCCGGCAUAUACAAGGGAAUCCGCCUACCCACCGUCCAAGUACAUAGCCCCGCCGUCAUACGAGGACAGCAUGACAAUUAAAGAAACUGAUCCUCCCCCAGCAUACACAUUUAACGUCACAGAGACAGGCGACAGGACAUACACAUGCUCGGAUCACAUGCAUGGAAACGUGCACCAGGAUGAAGAAACGGAACGGCCACGUGGUCAGACAAGUUAAACGUGAGAGAAGAUGGAGAGAGGUAUUGUGACACGUCCCUGUGGCGAUGGUGGAGCAGAGGCGGGCAUGGAAGAUGCCAUAAGGGAAAAUAGUGGACUGCGUGAAAAAACAUCUUGGAUAACCUUAAAUGUUCGGACGUAAUUAGCGACUGAUGCAGUCUUCCAUUAUGGGUACUGCGCAGUGGUUAAGUCAUGAUGCAAUACUUGAUGGAAAACAUAUAUAAGUUACUGGUGUAUGUCAUUUUGUCGAGUAAAGGUGAAAACGUGUGGUGCAUUUGACUAAGUUUAUGAUACAAAUAUAGUCUAUAUCUGUGACACGUGUCAUUACGAAUCAGUACCUAUGUAUCGUGACAUUAACGAGUCAGUAUUAUAUGACAUGUGUCAUUAACGAGUCAGUAUUAUAUGACAUCUGUCAUUACGAGUCAGUAUGUUAUGGAACGAGUGACAGUACGAGUCAGUAUAUCUGUGACACGUGUCGUAGUGAGUCAGUAUGUGUGUGACACGUGUCGUACUGAGUCGGUAUGUGUGUGACACGUGUCGAACUGAGUCGGUAUGUGUGUGACACGUGUCGUAAUGAGUCAGUAUGUGUGUGACACGUGUCGAAAUGAGUCAGUAUGUGUGUGACACGUGUCGUAAUGAGUCAGUAUGUGUGUGAUACGUGUCAUUAUGAGUCGGUAUGUUUGUGACACCUGCCAUUUCGAGUCAGUGCGAGUCGGUAUGUUUGUGACACAUGCCAUUAUGAGUCGGUAUGUGUGUGACACGUGUAAUGAGUCGGUAUGUGUGUGACACGUGUCGUAGUGAGUCGGUAUAUCUGUGACACGUGUCGUAGUGAGUCAGUAUGUGUGUGACACGUGUCGUAGUGAGUCAGUAUGUGUGUGACACGUGUCGUACUGAGUCGGUAUGUGUGUGACACGUGUCGAACUGAGUCGGUAUGUGUGUGACACGUGUCGUAAUGAGUCGGUAUGUGUGUGACACGUGUCGAAAUGAGUCAGUAUGUGUGUGACACGUGUCGUAAUGAGUCAGUAUGUGUGUGAUACGUGUCAUUAUGAGUCGGUAUGUUUGUGACACCUGCCAUUUCGAGUCAGUGCGAGUCGGUAUGUUUGUGACACAUGCCAUUAUGAGUCGGUAUGUGUGUGACACGUGUAAUGAGUCGGUGUGUGUGUGACACGUGUCGUAGUGAGUCGGUAUGUGUGUGAUACGUGUCGUACUGAGUCCGUAUGUUUGUGACACCUGCCAUUUCGAGUCAGUGCGAGUCGGUAUGUGAUAUGUGAGUCCAUAGAUAAAGUACAUCUGGUGUUUUCGGUGUUUCUAGUAUUUCAAUGUUAUACAAAACGUGUGCGCAGUCCUUUCACUGUAAUUUGUGACAAUAAAGUUUGUGUAUCAUAAUACGUUUCUGUAUAUUAUAGUACAUUAUUGUAAUUAU